AUGGACUCAACACCUGUUGCUCUCAUCACAGCUGGGAGUGCUGGCUUAGGCGCCGUAGCUGCCCGUGUGUUCGUUAGGAACGGAUUCAACGUGGUUAUCAACUACAGUAGCAAUGUUGAAAGAGCGCAAAAGCUGGUCGAAGAGCUCAAGAUGUUGAAAGGCUCCAAUGCGGUUGCCAUUCAGGCGGAUUUGGGGGACCGCGACGCAAUCUUGAAACUCGUUGAUGAAACUAUCCAAACAAUGGGUCGACUGGACGUUGUAUUUUCGAAUGGUGGAUGGACAUGUUAUCGAGGUAUCUCGAGCUUGGACGACAACCUUGUAGAGGAUGACUGGGACAGGUGCUUCAACAUGAAUGUUAAGUCACAUGUUUGGCUCAUGCAUGCCGCCAAAAAGCAUUUGGACGAGACGGAGGGUGCAUUCAUUACCACGGCAUCUAUAGCUGGUAUUGGUGCUAGUGGAAGCUCCUUGGCAUACGCUGUAACAAAAGCCGCUCAGAUCCACCUAGCCAAGGUGCUUGCGGUCAUCGCGGCCCCAAAGAUUCGAGUUAAUUCCGUGUCACCAGGUCUACUCCUCACAGAUUGGGCUUCACAGUUCCCAGACGAGAUCAAAGAUGCGCAUAUUCAACAGACCAAAAUCAAGAGAGCUGUCACGGUUGAGGACGUGGCUGAGCAAGUAUAUGCGCUUGCGAAGAGCAGAAGCAUAACGGGCGUCAAUGUUGUGGUUGAUGGGGGCCAUUCCUUGUAG